UUCCUUGAUAUGCACCGGGCCAUCCAAUCAAAACAAGAUGUUAAGGCAAGCCGAGCUACUGCCAUCCAGUCGAAACAGGAAAUGAAACUGGGCAAAGCUACUGUCGUCCAAUCUAAACAGGAAAUGAAACCUGGCCAAGCUACUGUCAUCCAAUCAAAACAGGAAAUAAAACUAGGCCAAGCCACUGUAGUCCAAUCAAAAAAGGAAAUAAAAGUAGGCCAAGCCACCGUCGUCCAAUCGAAACAGGAAAUGAAAAUGGGACGAUCCACUGCUGCCCAAGCCUUACAGGGACAAACACUUGACACAGCCUUUACAAAGUUGGGCUGUAAUCCUGAACAAAGCAAAGUAGAAGGAGGAAGAGUGAUUGAAAAAUCCUGUCGAGAAAGAGCGAAGGAGCAAGCAGAGAACACAACGCUUACAAGAUGCCGUCAUGACGGAGAGAGAAAAGAGGAACAGAAACUGAAGGCAAGAGGUAGAACACUUUCACCGCAAGCAAGGGGAUGGAGAAAAGAAGAGACAGAAAGAGAGACAGAGGACAAGAAGAGGCAAAGAAGUGGACAUCCCAGGAGAGUGACACUGAUCAGGACAAAUGGAGAAAGUCUUGGCAUCAGUGUGACUGGGGGGCGGGGCAUGGGCCGUCGCCUCAGCAACGGAGAAAUAAGGCGGGGCAUCUUUAUAAAACACAUCUCUGAGCACAGUCCAGCCGCUAGAGACAACACACUGACACCAGGAGAUCAAAUAUUACAGGUUGGAGGUGUGGAUGUGAGGGAUUUCACUCAUGAAGAAGCGGUGGAGGCCAUUCGACAGGCAGGACACAAAGUGGAACUGUUAGUGCAGAACUCACAGGUUUCAGACUUUGUCAUGUGCAAUAAAGAACAAUCAUCUCAACAAAAUCACUUGUUUUUAGGAAACAGUGUGUUGAAAAACCCUCCACCACACCCAGUUCUACCUCCGGUAAAGCUUCCCUCAGAUCCUGUCAGCCUGUUAACAGAUGGAGUAACAACCAAAAGUGUUUUAGAAAGACUGCAUGAUCCAUCAGAGAGUAAACAGCACUGCCAACAGGGACCAGAGUCAUACUGGGGUUCUAUGUUGCAGAAAUAUAGUAGUUUGCCAGGUGAGCUAAAACUGGUAGAGCUCGACUGCAGCACACGCAAUUCUGGUCUGGGAAUUUGCGUGUCAGGAAGCAGAGAUGGAAGAAGGAUAGUGUACGUCUCAGAAAUACGUCCUGAAGGAGCCGCCGCUGCUGACGGGCAAAUCAGUGUGGGAGAUGAGCUGCUUGAAAUAAAUGGGCAGAUUUUAUAUGGUCAGAGUUACCAGAAUGCAGCUGCUGUUAUCAACAGUACUUCAUCUAAAGUUAAGAUUGUAUUGAUCAGAAAUAAAACUGCACUAAAGCACACAUCAACUGGAUCAAUAACGCAGGCAGAAAACCACACCAUCACAUCACCCUUGGAUGUGGAUAUCAAAACAGAUAAAGAACAUAAGCCUGAUACAACUGGGAUUCAGGAGGAAAGGAUGAGAUUAGAUAAACCGAAGCCUUGUCCCACCAAGACUCAGAGUCCUCCAGUUUCCUUCAUAGCUUCAUCCAACCACAACCCUCUGCAUGAUCCUACUCCUUUCUUCUCUCUCAUCUCAACAACCAGUCAUGUUCCACCCACAUCUCUCAACACAACAGCCAGUCAUACACACACUAUUCACCACAAACAAGCCUACUGUCAUUCCACGAAGAGUCCCUCGUCCUCUGGAUUACGGAGCUCCUCUUUCUGUUCUGCAUGCAGUAUGAGAUCAGACCCCAUGACAUGUCCCAUCAUCCCUGGCUGCAUAAACAUCAUAGAUAUCUGUAAAGGACACUCCAGUCUGGGCCUUACCAUUGUGGGUGGCUGCAACACAAUAUUGGGAGUGAUUCUGAUCCAUGAGGUGAAUGAAGGAGGUGCUGCUCACAGAGAUGGGAGAUUAAUGGCAGGAGACCACAUCCUUGAGGUGAACGGUAUUGACCUGAGAAUGGCUAGUUAUGAGGAGGCUCUAAGUGUCCUGCGCUUGAGUCCCCAACAUGUACGCCUCUGUGUGUACAGACACACCUCCACACACACCUUCCCCAGUCAAGCUACACACACUCAUGAGGAUAUGUGGGAACUUUUCACUGUGGACCUGCAGUUACAAUCAAGCCAGGAGCUGGGCAUGAGCGUUGUGGGUAAAAGGAAUGACACGGGGAUAUUUGUGUCCGAGAUAAGUCAAGGAGGCGUGGUUGAGUUAGAUGGGAGACUUUCACUUGGUGAUCAGAUUCUGUCAAUAAAUGGAGAGGACAUCAGAGCUGUGACUCAAGACUAUGCCCACUCACUACUACAGAGAUGCAGUGGAUCAGUGUUGCUGGAGGUAGCACGUUUUAGAGCUACUCCACAUUAUCCAUAUGAGUGCCAGAAUAAUCUUCCCGGUUGGUGAUGCUGAAUUCCUGUUUCCUUUCUCCUGCUUCUUGUUACCCUUCGGGAGCGCUGGAGGAUUUAAGACGCAACAGUGGCAUCGCACACAUGACUCUGAUGACACACUGGAGAUGUUUACUGCCCUCUUGUAAAAAUCUGGAUAGCGUCAUCUUUUAAAUCUUUAUAGAAUGCCGUUUAAGCUCUGUGAUGGACGACUUAAUAUAUAUAUAAUUUGUGUUCGUUCACCUGAAGCCAUUAAAACCUCAUCGGGUGCAAACUAACCUUCGACAUUUUCCCACGAGCUUCAGCUUCACUUUCCAAAUAAUUCACGUUGCUGUAAAUACAUAAAACGAGAAAUUCCUGCUCUGCAUAUUAAAAGCAAAACAUCACAGUUUUACAUUAGCUGUUGUAUAACACAGCAUAUAAAGCCCAGUCUCUAAAUAGUUUCUAAUUAUUGAGUAGAAAUGAUGACAAAGACUCCAAAGACGCUCUUUGAAAUAAUUUUACUUUAUUGUUAUACUUCAGAUCUUGGAAAUUAUAUUUAUAAUCGCUUUGCUUCGCUCCUUUACCAUCUAAUCAGAUAUUAGCCUAACGUCUGGGCAGCGGUGGGUGAAGUGCCGAAGUCAAGGCUCUGGGUUGUUGGUCAGAAAGUUAGGAUUCAAGCCCCUGCACCAUCAAUCUGCCACUGUUGGGCAAUUAAGCAAGCCUCUUAACCCUCUCUGCUUUAGAGGGACUAUUUUAUUACUGCCCCUGCUCUCUGACCCCAACUGGUGGCGAUAAUAAAGGCUUCUUCACCA